UUUUUUGACAUAUACGCGCUUCCAUUCUAUCCGCGUAAUUUCUCAAAUAAUUUUUUUUUUAAAGAAGUUUUAAAAUCCAAAGGAAGUUAAUGAAUACAAACAAAGUUUUUUAAAUUAACAAAAUCAGACUGGACUGCUGUAAAUAGGUGACUAAUAGUGAAUAAGGCUGAGUGUUCCUAACUGGCAUUUUUCUUUCUCCAGCGGGAUUUGUUUAUAAUGUUUUUUUAAGAAUCUAAUAAGUAGUCCUCUCUCACUGAAGUGAAGUGUUAAUGUUUUUUUUAAUUCGUUUUUUUAUCAUAAUAUAACGUUUGACUACUGCAUUUGAAUACUUGCAUACGUCUCGAAAUAACAUCACAACAUUUGGAUUUCUUUAAAAAAAAAUUCUUUUAAAUGAAAAAAUCCAUCACGAUGUCUUUAUGUUUUCUUCAUUUUUUCCUUCUUCUUUUUUUUGGGGUUGAUCAAAUGUAAGAGUCCAUGAUACACGCUGUGGAACAGACUAUCGGCCGUCGAGCUGAAGCGCUCGUCUACGAAUUGGAACGUUCCCUGCAGAAUGUCGAGAAUGAAUUAAUGUAUGGUGAGGAGGGUACAUGUACGCUGUGUUCCAAAACAUUUGCCCGAAAGGCAUCACUAUUAACGCAUAUUCGAAAUCACACCGCUGAACGGAAGUUUAUUUGUUCAUAUUGUCAGAAAGGUUUCACACAGGCAGCUAAUCUGAGAAAUCACGAAAGAAUUCAUACAAAUCAGCGCCCCUAUGCCUGCAUAGAUUGUGGAAAAGCCUUCACACAAAUCACAAACUUAAACAAUCAUCGAAGGUUACACACAGGCGAGCGUCCCUUCGUUUGCAUUGAAGAAGCUUGUGGCAGAUCAUUUGCACAAGUCACCAAUCUCAACAACCAUAUGAAAUCACACCAUAAAAUUCAGCAAUAUGCGUGCAAUCAAUGUCCUAGACGUUUCACUCAAGUGACAUCCUUGAACCAACAUCUACUGCUGCACACCGGCUUCAGUGGUUUCUACUGUCCGCAAUGUCCCGAUAAAACAUUCAAACAGCAAUCGCAACUGCAUACACAUAUGAAGACGCACGGAUUGAGCUUUCCGUACUCUUGCAGUCUGUGCGAAGAGAAGUUUCUGCAAAUGGCACACUUAAGUCACCAUAUGAAAAUGCACGAGGAAUACAAAUACAGGUGUACAAUGUGUGCCAGCUCGUUUAACCAGGAAGCUCUUUUGAAAAAGCAUAUUCAAAGACAUAUCGAUGGGAGAUACAUGGCAUGUCCGAUGCCCAACUGUAAUAAAGGUUUUACCAUAAAACAUCACCUAACCAAACACUUACGGAAUGCUCAUGCGAAACACACCCCCAUUACACCGUCGCCGAAACGAAUGUCAGCCAAACGGGCAAUAGCUGCGACGGGAAAACAUACUUGCUACUUUGACAGUUGUGAGGCAUACUUUGACACCGCCGAAUUACUCAACGACCAUUUGGCUAUCACGCAUGGCCUGUCGAUCGUAAAGAAUGCUGGCAAAUUGAGCAAAAUGGAAGUCAUAUUCUCCGAACAAAUAAAAAGCCCGAAAGACGAUCACACUGCUAAUAAUAAUCAAAAUAAUCAAAUUGUGCAACAGCAACAGCAGCAACAACAACAACAACAGCAGCAACAGCAGCAGCAGCAGCAACAACAACAACAACAGCAGCAACAACAACAGCAGCAGCAGCAGCAAAUGCAACAGCAAAUAUCUAAUAAUCACAUGGUAGCUUCCAUUAUAAGUACCCAUGGAAGUGACCGUCUCAAUGGUUUGUCGAAACCAAUAGAGGAGCUAGCCGUAAGAAUGUUCAAAUGCCAUAUGUGUAAUAUUAUAUACGAAAAUGAACGAGACUUUAAAGUGCACAGUUUUUACAAGCAUCCGGGAGUUCCUGUUUAAGUGGGUUUAUUGGUUUAUGACAUUGACGAUAAAAAAACGGAUUUUUCUUUCGUCUCCGAAGAAAAUCUCAAAAUGCAAAUUUAAACACCGAUUGGUUCUAAUAAUUGCAUAGAUAAUACUAUAUGAUAGACGAGACCAACAAAACUACGCCCAACGUUCUACUACCGAGAGUCUUAGUUGUAAAUUAUAUUAUUUACUUCGUGUUUGAAUUGUGGUCGAUUUAUUGCGGGAUUGAAACCCGACACUGGGGAAUUAGUUUAGAAAUUUCGAUUUCAAACAAAAAUAAAAUAAAAUCGGGAGACAAAUUUUUAUCUGGAAAUUUAUAAAUUUCUUUGAAUCUCUUUAUCGUAAGAAUUGUUUUUCGCUUUAAUUUCUCUCGAUUUUCAAUUAUUUUUUUAUUUUUUGGCAAACGAACUGCGGGUCUCAUUUUAAUCGGAUUCCAACGAACUAUGGAAUGGCUGAAUUAUUUCGGGAGUGCGAAGCCACCACUGCAAUAUUUAAACAAGAGAACUUUAAAGUCAUGCAUCCAUACCACACCUUUAAAAGUCGAAAUAAUUUCUUCCAAUAAACGUUAAGCGAGUGUAAUGUUGAACAUGUUAUUUUUAAGGGGCGGAAGAGCCAGAUGAAUUUUAUUUUUUGUUUAAAAGUUUUUUAAUUUUAUAUUUAUAAUCGGUAUUCGUUCGAUCAUGUGCAUAAUUCGGGUGGUUGUCCGAGUAAUUUCCGAAUUUUCAAUUCACCGACACUCAAUCGUCACCGGUAGUUGUAUUGUUAAGUACCGAUUAAACCGGUGUUUAUGUGCUCAAUAGUGAUACCAAUAUUCGAAAUCAAAUCGCAUCUACAGUAAACAUCGUAAACAAUGACCAGAGCGAACGCAAAAUGGGUGUAAUGGUAAAGUGAUCAAGCCACACUUGGUCUGACGAGUUUUAUUUUUGAGCCGUAGAAGGGAGAGCAGGCCUAGUAUUAUACACCGAAGAUAUUGAAGUCGUUGAAAAGAAAAGUUUUUAUUAAAUGACAUCAGGCCGUUGGUCUGGUAAGACAACUCAAAUUUUCGGUUUUUCAACUUGUCUGGCAAAACAGGCUUUUCAAUAUUUUUUUUUUUUUACAAAUUUCACCCACUACCUUCAUUUUGACACCAAUUUGGAUUCUCUAUGUUGUGUGAACUAGGCUCGUUACGGCUGUUCUAGGGCUCAAUAAAGUAAAAGUCGCUGAACAAUUAUUUUUCGUGUCGGGUAAUGUCAUAAUAUGGCCCAGGUUUCGAACCGUGGUACUAUGAAGGACUCAAAGUGUAGCGUAGUUAUACGCUUCUUGUGUGAUAACUUACGGCUCCAUCCAACAAAUUUUGCGACUGUCAAACCGAUUACGAAUCGAUACAGCCCCAAGUAAUAGUGAAAAUAUUUUUUUUUUUAAAUCGGGAUAUAGUUCAGAGUCAACCAUGUCGUGCAACGUUUUGCUUAUAUAAAUGUUUCAACUCGAAAUUGAUGAACCAUGGUAAAAUUGCUGUGAAUUGAAAAAAAGAUUAAAUUUCGAAAAUGAACACUCUUUACUGCCGUACUUUCGGUAUUUUCGGAAUCAACUCGUAACACUUAACGUUUUUAUGAUUUUUCCAUAAAUAAUAAUUCUAUUCGGUGACGACGGACGAAUUGAACAAAGUGACAAAUUUUAUUACGACCAAUAGUUAAUGAAGAUUUACUGACAUAUUAAUUUUUAAGUCGACGGGUCGCUCGAUGUGGAUGCUCCCGCCACACAUAAGUCCAUCGAAUGUAUUGGAACCGAACCUUUCGGACUUUUGACACAAUUCACAGUAAAUAUUAAGUUUUGCCCAGCUUCAAAGCAAUUUUAUUCCUAGCGGACAAUUUUGUGGUUCCGAUGAAAAAUUGUAACGAUCUAUACGAGUGACACUAGUAAAAUAGUGACAAAAUCAAUUAUAAUGUAAGUUUGUCUUUUUAGUUAGAUCUGAAGCUGCAAUCGUAGUCACUUCGACCCACGUCCCGUUUACUUCACGAAUGGAAAGUUGAAGGCGUUUUUUUUUCGUCUGUGCAGUUAACAUAAACGUAUAAUCGGAGUGAGUGCGUUUCGGGCUUCACACAAAUCCUUCGUUUUUUAUAUAAAAGAAAAAUUUGGUUUAAGCCGCAACAAUUUAAGUUUUAUUAGACUCCAGUGAAAUAGGAAUUGUCCUAGUGUGAUGUGAUUUUUAAAAGGAAAGGAAGGAGAAAACAAAAAACUUUAUAAUUUUAUGGUGCAACGUGAUAAAGAUGAUAAUUAAAAAAAAAAGAAUGGAACGAAAUUGAACGCAUAAAUGCCUAUCUAUCAAUCAAUUUAUUAGACGUAAAAAAGAAAUCAAACAAUUAUAACAAGGAAGAAACCAACCGUAACAAAACACUGAAUUAAGCCGAGAUCUACGCUCUUAAAAUUGUUCAAUUUGACCGGUUCAAUCGGUUUUUGUUUCCUCAUUUAUCAAUUUCGAAAAACACAAAAUUUUACUAGUUUUUACAAAACAUUUUUUUUUAUCUUGUUCGUUGUGACACCUCCGAAGUUACAUUUAAUUGAUGCGUUUUCUAUUCCCGGCUAAAAAUGGAAUCCCCAAAAUGUUGAAAUGAACAUUGGAUGUCAUCCUCAAUAGAAUUGCUCAUUUCGACAAUAUUCCAUUUUCACCCGGGUUCGGACCUUCGGAGAUUGGAUGCUUAACACUUUCCGAUCGGUGGUAUAAAGGGAAUUCAAUCGCGUAAACUGCGCUUACCGUUCUCACUAAAGCAUGAACAAUUCUGAGUGUUAACAUUGGAAUCGAGAAUAGAAAAUUCCAGUUGCAAUCGCUCUUGAUCGUAAACUUUAACUUUUUGGAACUAUCUUCUCUUUUUAAUGCCACGGUUUAUAAAUAUAACAAAUUAUUGGUGCUGUGUAAUAUCAUCAUUAUUAUUUUGUCCCUUCUUCCAUACGGCCAUAGAUACAAACAAUUACCUUGAUUGAACCAUUUUUUUUGGGUUUAAUUUCAAAUUUUACUUUGUGUAUUCUAUCUCAAGAUUGAUCAAAAUGAAAACAAAAGGAUAAAAUUAACUACUCUCAUACUAAGUGAAAAACAAACAAAAAAAAAUUAUAAAAUUAAGGUAAUGCAGUCUUGAAAUAUUUUAAUAUUUUAUAUAAAAUACCUACCAGGAUACUACUGUUGAUGAGUUGUAUUUCAUGAUGUAAUAAUAAAGAUUAAAAUUAUAAAAUGUA